AUGGCUGACGUCAAGGAGAUCACCGAGCACUGCGAACACAAACUUGCCACCUUCUCCUUCUCCGGCCACACGGCAAGGACCGGCAGCAUGGACCUCUCCGUGAUCAAGAAGAAGCAGCUCAAGAUGGGCACCGUGCUGGGCGUGGGCAAGUACGGCACGCCGGAGAACGACCCCGAGCUGCUGGCCAAGACCUCCGAGGAAGCGGGUGUGCUGGAGGAGCUGGAGGGCGAGGCGGCCGUGCCCCGGCUGUACGGGCUGACGGCAGACUCUCCCCCGUGCAUGGUGAUGGAGCUGUGCCUGGGGGAGCGGCUGGAGGACUGCCUGGGCCGCGGCAGGGUGCGCGCCUGCCUGCUGGCCCUCGUGGAGGUGUGCGGCGUGGUGCGGCGCCUGCACGCGCGGGGCAUCGCCCACGGCGACAUCCACGAGGGCAACGUGCUGGUGGACGCGUCCGGCGAGGGGGUGCGCGCCUUCCUGUUGGACUUCGGUCUGGCGGCGCGGGGCGCGGACCCCGGCCGCAUAAACCCGAACUGUGUGACUUAG